CCUUAUCUGUUGUGUCGUUCUUGAAACUAAAGUCGCAGUUUUCUUGCGUUCUGUUGCUGACUGGUUGUGGAGUGCAUGAAGAUCUGUUCUUUCUUUCGUGCUGUGCACCAAGAUCGUGCGCCGGCCAUUGUGACGAUGGACAGCGGCGGUGAGGCAAUUUCGACUUCUCAGGAGAAACGUCAGGAACAGGAGAAGGUUAACUUCAUUGUGGGGUGUGAGGAUGGACAUGAUGACAACCAACAGGAAGUCGAAGGCGAAAUCCCAGAGGAGGAAGCCAGCGAUUUGUUUCCGACAGAAGGAAACCCUCCCACACGUGAGAACAGCAGUUCCUCUAGUCUGAACAGCAUGUUCGUCCUCGCGGAGAAGAGGAAACGCCUCAGACCAAGCAUGUCACAAGGUACGGUCGUGGUCCAGCCAAAACAAGAAAAAGACUUCACUGUUGGAACACCUGAAGAAUUUGUUAGAAGAUUUGGUGGAACGAAGGUUAUCAACAAGGUUUUAAUCGCCAACAAUGGCAUUGCCGCAGUCAAAUGCAUGCGUUCUAUUAGACGAUGGUCCUAUGAGAUGUUCAGGAAUGAGAGAGCAGUUCGAUUUGUUGUCAUGGUCACCCCGGAGGAUUUGAAAGCUAAUGCAGAGUAUAUCAAGAUGGCAGAUCAUUAUGUUCCUGUACCUGGAGGUUCUAACAAUAAUAAUUAUGCCAACGUGGAACUCAUCGUAGACAUCGCAAACCGAACCCAAGUUCAGGCUGUUUGGGCAGGCUGGGGUCAUGCUUCUGAGAACCCAAAAUUACCAGAGCUGCUGCACAAAAACAACAUUUCCUUCAUAGGUCCAUCAGAGAAGGCUAUGUGGGCAUUAGGUGACAAGAUUGCAUCUAACUUUGUAGCCCAGACUGCUGAAGUUCCAACAUUACCAUGGUCUGGAAAUGAACUGAAGGCGCAAUAUAUAGGGAAGAAAAUUAAGAUCUCUUCAGACCUGUAUAAGAAGGGGUGUGUGAGUAAUCCGGAGGAAGGACUGCUAGCGGCACAGAAAAUUGGCUUCCCUGUAAUGAUCAAGGCCAGUGAAGGUGGUGGUGGGAAAGGUAUCCGUAAGGUGGAAGCCUCUGAAGAAUUUGCCUCUGCUUUCAGACAGGUUCAAGCAGAAGUCCCAGGGUCACCCAUCUUUGUGAUGAAGCUAGCCCGCUGUGCUCGUCAUCUGGAAGUUCAACUAUUGGCUGACCAGUAUGGAAAUGCCAUUUCCCUGUUUGGGCGUGACUGUUCCAUCCAGCGUCGCCAUCAAAAGAUUAUAGAGGAGGCUCCUGCUGUCAUUGCCAAACCAGAGGUGUUUGAGGAUAUGGAAAAGGCUGCAGUUCGGCUGGCUAAAAUGGUUGGCUACGUGAGUGCAGGCACGGUUGAGUACCUGUAUGAUACAGAUGGUAAUUACUACUUCUUGGAAUUGAAUCCUAGACUGCAAGUAGAGCAUCCUUGUACUGAGAUGGUGGCAGAUGUGAACCUACCAGCUGCACAGCUGCAGAUUUCAAUGGGUCUUCCCUUAAGUCGCAUCAAGGAUAUUCGUCAGUUGUAUGGAGAGACUCCGUGGGGUGAUUCACCUAUAGAUUUUGAUAACCCCCGUCACAAGCCACAGCCAUGGGGUCAUGUGAUUGCAGCACGUAUCACGAGUGAGAAUCCUGAUGAAGGUUUCAAGCCUAGUUCUGGAACGGUUCAAGAACUGAACUUCAGAUCGUCAAAGAAUGUAUGGGGCUACUUUAGUGUGGCAGCAUCUGGAGGGUUGCAUGAAUUUGCUGACUCACAGUUUGGACACUGUUUCUCAUGGGGUGAGAACAGGGAGCAAGCCAGAGAGAACCUCGUGAUUGCAUUGAAGGAAUUAUCCAUCAGAGGAGAUUUCCGUACAACAGUGGAGUAUUUGAUUAAACUCCUGGAGACACCAAGUUUCCAGGAUAAUUCCAUUGACACAGCCUGGUUGGAUGUGCUGAUAGCAGAGAGAGUACAGGCUGAGAAACCUGACAUCAUGCUGGGUGUAAUUUGUGGGGCACUGCAUAUAGGAGACAGAACUGUGCUUAAUUCAUUCCAGCAUUUCCAAACAUCUUUGGAGAGGGGCCAAAUCCAGGGUUCUAAUACGCUAUCCAACACAAUGGAUGUCGAGCUUAUCCAUGAAGGAUUUAAGUACAAAGUACAGGCCACCAAGUCUGGUCCCAACUCAUACUUUCUUGUGAUGAAUGGGUCCUGGAAGGAGAUAGAAGUUCAUCGCAUGUCAGAUGGAGGUAUCCUUUUAUCUGUGGAUGGCUCUAGUUUCACGACAUACAUGCGUGAAGAGGUGGACCGGUACCGUAUUGUGGUAGGCAAUCAGACAUGUGUGUUUGAAAAAGAGAAUGAUCCUUCACUACUUCGCUCUCCUUCUGCUGGUAAACUGUUGAAUUAUCUGAUAGAAGAUGGUGGUCACGUGAAUGCAGGACAGGCAUAUGCAGAAAUAGAGGUGAUGAAGAUGGUGAUGACACUGACUGCAAGUGAAGCAGGCAGUGUGUUCUAUGUGAAGAGGCCUGGUGCUGUGCUGGACGCUGGGUCUCUUAUCGCGCAUCUCGAACUGGAUGACGCUUCACUUGUAACGAAGGCACAAGACUACAAGGGUCAGUUUCCUGAAUUGGAAGUGUCGACACCUGUUGUGGGAGAUAAAUUGAACCAUGUGCAUGCUAGCUACCGUGUCAUGCUGGAGAAUAUUCUGUCAGGUUACUGCCUUCCGGAUCCAUACCACCAAGCUAGAUUACGAGAAGUCAUAGAGAAAUUUAUGAGCUCACUUCGAGAUCCAAGCCUACCUCUAUUAGAAUUACAGGAAGUCAUUGCCUCUAUAUCUGGCCGCAUACCUAUCUCGGUGGAGAAGAAAAUUAGAAAACUUAUGGCACUGUAUGAACGCAAUAUUACGUCUGUACUUGCACAGUUUCCCAGCCAACAAAUUGCUAGCGUCAUUGACAGCCAUGCAGCCACACUUCAGAAGAGAGCGGACCGGGAUGUGUUCUUCCUUACAACACAGAGCAUCGUGCAACUGGUGCAACGAUAUCGUAAUGGCAUUCGCGGUCGCAUGAAGUCAGCAGUCCACGAACUCUUGCGACAGUAUUAUGCAGUGGAGAGCCAGUUCCAGCAAGGCAGCUAUGACAAAUGCGUGACAGCAAUAAGAGACAGAAAUAAGGAUGACAUGGCAGCAGUCACUGCAACUAUCUUCUCCCAUGCUCAGGUUGCCAAGAAGAACAUGUUGGUUACAAUGCUGAUUGAUCACCUGUGGUCCAAUGAGCCAGGUCUUACGGAUGAGCUUGCAACAACUCUGAAUGAAUUGACAUCUCUCAACAGAAGUGAACAUUCCAGAGUUGCUCUCAGAGCCAGACAAGUUCUGAUAGCAGCUCACCAACCAGCAUAUGAGCUUCGUCAUAAUCAGAUGGAAUCCAUCUUCCUCUCAGCAGUAGACAUGUAUGGUCAUGACUUCCACCCAGAAAAUCUGCAGAAGCUCAUCAUGUCUGAGACAUCGAUCUUUGACAUUCUUCAUGACUUCUUUUAUCAUUCCAAUAAGGCUGUGUGCAAUGCUUCACUUGAGGUGUAUGUCAGGCGAGCAUACAUCUCGUACGAACUGACAUGUCUCCAGCUGCUUGAACUUUCUGGAGAAAUCAGUGUUAUACAUUUCCAGUUUCUGUUACCAUCAGCACAUCCAAAUAGGAUACCGCAUAACAAAAGAAGGACAGAUACUUCUGGUGAACCACCUGAAGCUCCUCUCUCACUUACCAACUGCCAGCGCACUGGAUGCAUGGCUGCAUUUGAAUCAUUCUCACAAUUUGAGCAGUAUGCAGAUGAGAUGCUGGAUCUGUUGGAAGACCUGGCAUCACCAGCUGUUGUCUCUCCCAAAGUGCUGGAAGCAGUGGAGAGUGGCAGUGAAUCUCGACUCAGCACAAGUAUCAACAUCAGCAUGUCUGUUGGGGAUGGUAGAGCAAAUCCAGAUGAAAUACAGAAGCAAACUGAACCCAUCCAUAUCUUGAGUGUGGGUAUAAUGGACAAAGGAGAUACAGAUGACUCCACUUUGAGCCGAAUGUUUGGGGGCUUCUGCAGUAAUACUCGGGAAGAACUUGCGAAGAGAGGCAUCAGGCGGAUCACUUUUGCUGUACUUGUGAGGCGCCAGUUCCCAAAAUUCUUCACAUACCGCAGUCGAGACAACUUCACAGAAGAUCGAAUCUACCGGCAUCUUGAACCAGCCAUGGCAUUCCAGUUGGAACUAAAUAGAAUGCGUACAUAUGAUCUUGAAGCCCUGCCUACUUCUAACCAGAAGAUGCACCUUUACCUGGGUAAAGCCAAGGUUGCAAAGGGCCAGGAGGUUACAGACUAUCGGUUUUUUGUACGGUCCAUUAUCCGCCAUUCAGAUUUAAUUACCAAGGAAGCAUCAUUUGAGUACCUGCAGAAUGAGGCUGAACGAAUCCUUUUGGAGGCCAUGGAUGAACUGGAAGUGGCUUUCUCACAUCCUCAAGCAAAGCGCACGGAUUGUAAUCACAUAUUCCUCAACUUUGUGCCUACUGUGAUCAUGGAUGCUGCUAAGAUAGAAGAGAGUGUAACAAGCAUGGUAUUGCGGUAUGGUCCUCGACUGUGGAAGUUGCGGGUGCUUCAGGCUGAAUUGAAAAUGACUAUUAGACCGUCACCUAAUAGUAAGAUGACCAAUGUGAGGCUCUGUCUAGCAAAUGACAGUGGCUACUCACUGGAUAUCUGGGUUUACAAGGAGCUUACUGAUCUUAAGACAGGCGUGAUCAAGUUUGAAGCCUAUGGAAACAAGCAAGGUCCUAUGCAUGGAUUACCCAUAUCCAUACCAUAUGUGACCAAGGAUUAUCUGCAACAAAAGAGGUUUCAAGCUCAGAGUGCAGGUACCACCUAUGUGUAUGAUGUUCCUGACAUGUUUCGACAGAUGACGGAGAAGCUGUGGAAAGAAUUCAUCGAGGAACGGCCAACUGAACAACUGGUAAUCCCUUUAAAAGUGCUAGACAGUGUGGAGCUAGUUCUGGAAGGAGAUGAUCAUCUAGUUGAGCAGAAGCGACUGCCAGGAGAAAAUAGUGUAGGUAUGAUUGCCUGGCAUCUUACACUCCACACCCCAGAGUAUCCUUCUGGUCGUGACAUCAUAGUAAUAGCCAAUGACAUCACUUUCCUUAUUGGCUCGUUUGGUCCACGUGAAGAUCUUGUAUUUUGUCUAGCAUCAGAACUAGCAAGAAAGCUAAAAAUUCCAAGGAUCUACAUUGCUGCAAAUAGUGGGGCAAGAAUUGGACUGGCUGAAGAGAUCAAAAGUCUGUUUAAAGUUGCAUGGGAAGAUGCUGAGGAACCUGACAAGGGUUUCAAAUACUUAUAUUUAACACCAGAGGAUUUCACCAAAGUGUCUGCCAUGAAUUCUGUUCAUGCUAUCCUCAUUGAUGAUGAAGGAGAACCUCGAUACAAGAUCACGGACAUCAUUGGUAAGGAUGAUGGGCUAGGUGUGGAGAACCUGCAGUAUGCUGGUAUGAUUGCUGGUGAAACUUCAAAAGCAUACAAGGAGGUGGUGACCAUAUCUAUGGUCACCUGUAGAGCUAUUGGUAUCGGUUCCUAUCUAGUCCGACUUGGACAGAGAGUGAUUCAGAUAGAAAAUUCACAUAUUAUCCUGACAGGGUACAGUGCUCUCAAUAAGCUACUUGGACGAGAGGUAUAUGCUUCCAACAAUCAACUAGGUGGCAUACAGAUCAUGUACAAUAAUGGUAUUUCCCAUAAAACAGAACCUCGAGAUCUAGAUGGCAUCUAUACCAUCCUCAAGUGGCUGUCUUAUAUUCCUAAGGAUAAGCUGUCUCCAGUGCCUUUUAUAAACCCAGUUGAUCCUGUGGACCGAGAAGUAGGCUAUAUGCCGACCAAAGCCCCGUAUGAUCCAAGAUGGAUGCUAGAAGGGCGACAGAGUCCAAGUAAUUCUGACGAAUGGGAAAGUGGGUUUUUUGACCGUGGGUCAUGGGAGGAAAUUAUGUCACCUUGGGCGCAAACUGUGGUGUGUGGACGUGCUCGUUUGGGUGGAAUCCCUGUUGGAGUGAUAGCUGUUGAGACUCGCACAGUAGAGCUUAAUCUGCCAGCUGACCCUGCUAAUCUUGAUUCAGAAGCAAAGACUGUAUCCCAAGCAGGUCAGGUGUGGUUUCCAGACUCGGCGUACAAAACUGCUCAAGCCAUUCUAGACUUGUUAAUGUUUAUCCUUCUUUUAAUUCUAUAG